CAUUACUGACGUAAAGCUCGACGUAGCGCAACGCCUCUGUCGGUGGAGCGGGCGUCUGGUUGGGUUAUUGGCGGGGAGAAGAUGUCCAUCAACUAUUUUUCCUUAAAUAUCGUUAACAUAUACAUUGUCAAUUAACUUAAUUUACACAAGUCUGUUAUUUGAAACUCAGGAAAUACACAUUAUAGCUACGACAUGGCCAAAGGGAAAGCGAAGUUCAGCAGUGAAAGCGUAGCUGCACCACAGCCUAGAUCACUCAGGUCAAGAAAGAGGGAAUGUCCAAGUGAGGAGCUUUCUGUGGAUGCUGAAGCUCCUCUCCAUCAACAGGACUCUAAAGGAAACAAUACAGCAGUGGUCAGGACACAUGUUCAGAGUCUCGAGUCCCCUCUGCAGGAAUGUGCUACUAUUACAAGUCAUCUACUUCAGGCAGCAGAGCAGUCCUGUCCCACCAAACACGACGCCUUCACUGAAGAAAAGCAGGCAGAAAACAAGAUGGAAGCUCCUGACGAGCUGAAAGAGAAUCCAGCCACCUGUCCCAACCAGGAUCCCCAGCCACAAGGCUGUAUAAUAAAUCUUGAAAAUGGUGUUGGAAAGAAAGAAAUACAACCAGAAAAAGUAACCGUACUGGUAUCCGAUACACUCACUGAUCAUCAACAAGUGCUAACUGCUGAAGAUGCUGAUGGAUUCUGUGUAGACGCUUUGGAGAAGCAACUUGAUGCAAAGACAACGUCUUAUUGUAACUUGGAGAGCCGCCAUGAAAGCAGCCAAGACAAACCGAGCCAGGUGUGUGUGGAUGACUUUAGAGACGUUGCAUUGGGCUUACCUGUCAGGAAGAAGCGAAGGAUGGGUAUGUGUGGUCUGACAGAGAAGGAGCGCAGUUAUUUUCUACAGACACAAAAGCGGGAAAAUGGGCACAGCGAAGUAGAGGUUGAAAAGCAGCUUUGUAAUAACGCGGUGGACCCUGUGGCUCAGGAUGACACUGUAACUCCAGCCCCUUCGGCAGAGAUACAACUUCAGUCCAGCCUCUGUGGAGGGGAUACAAGGACAGAAACUGAAGUCACUACGUUAGAUGGGACCGGUGCUUUGGUCCAUUCGGACGGCUCUGAGGGAAAGACCAGUGAGGCUGAGGAAAGCACAGUGACAGAACAACAGUCAAAUCAAGGUGCAGAGAAGACAGUGGGCAGCCCUUCAAUGAGUCUGAAGGAACAGGAACAAGAGGAAGCUAUACCUGUGAAACAACGAGAAGAUGGGGAGGAGGACUCAGCACGUUUUGACCGCAUUCCUUUCACCACCAAUUACACUAAAACAUCUCAGAAUGAAGAGACUGAGAAAAAGAACAAUGGGAGUGAGACUGACAGUCUGCUGGUAGGUGUGACUGGGAUGAGAGAUGAGAUGAUGGAUGACAAUGGAGUCGAAGCAGGCGCUGCCGCCACAGACUCAGUGGGAUUCAACUGUGUGAAGCUGAAUUGUGCUCUUUAUGUGGAACCUGCUGCUGGUUCUUCCACUGUGAACACAGAGCACAAUGAGACCGGAGACACCAUGGAGCCGUUUGGAUCACAGCACUUUGAUGAUGUUUCAGACUCACAGCUGAACUCCAUUGCUCUGAUGGAGGAGAAGAGGAUGGGGAAAGAGGAAGAUGCUGGUUUCUCAUCCUGUCCACAGGAUACCACAAACCACAAAGAUGCCACAAACCUGGUCUGUGGGCUCAUCAGAGAACUCUCCUCUUUAAAUCGAAAGGUCAUGGCCGCACACAGGGAGCUGGAGAACCUGCGCCGUGGUAGUUCCAGGAGCUCCACACACUGAGGACACUGAGCCUAAUGUUGCCUGGAGGGUUCAUUGUUCCACUGUUAAUGAAUAUUUUAGUUUAUUAUAUUUUGUAUAUCGUUUAGACUGAGAAGUCAGGCGUUCCUGUUCCAAUAAAGCUGGUUGUAUAACUCAGUAAUCUGA